ACGGUUCAGUUGGGUAAGAUGCUGGCUGGCAGAAGCCGGCACGCAGCUGCGGCUUGUGCUACCUCUGGCAACAGGCCAGCUGAUCAACUAUGCCGUGAACUUGGUGACUCUUCAGGUGGUUGGGAGCGAAGGGACGACUGCCGUGGCAGCUGUUGGAUUAGCCUUGGCCUUGUACAGCUGCCUGGGCCGCAAUCUCGUAAUGGGACUAUGUGGCGCCGUGGAUACGAUCUCUUCGCAAGCAGCAGGUGCUGAUCGAAAGGACCUGUUGGGGCCUAUCUUUCGCCGCUCCUGUUUUUUCCUACUGCUUCACUUGGUGCCAUUCACCUUGCUGUGCCUCUCAGCAUUGUGGUGGCUUCCGCUGGUUACGGAGCCUUCCAUCGGGCGAACCACGGCCAGAUUCUUGCUCUUGGCCAUUCCUGAUCUGGCAGCGCAGUGCAUUUGGCGGCCAAUGAACCGCGUGCUGGCCUCUCAGCGGAUCACCUCGCCCUUCAUGUUUGUGUCGUUGCUGGCCCUCUUCUGCCACUACGGGCUUCUUGUUCUGGCGGUUGCCCGCUUCGGGGCACUUGGCGCUGCGAUAGCUACCUCCGUGAGUGGCUGGAUGACCUUGGCCUUUGGCACCGCUGCUGUAUGGAUGGUAGGCGCAGGCCCAACGAUUUGGGGAGGGGAGUCCACGGAUUCAGCCAUCAAACAAGCUGGAGCAGGCUGGCUAUCCUUAUCCAACUUGGCUUACCCCUCUGCAGCCAUGCGAAUUCUAGAGUCUUGCGGAUUUUCGGGCAUAGUGACCACAAGCUCAUUGCUCCCAAUGCCGAAGAUCGAGUUGGACAUAAUGAGCCUGUCUCUGAACGUUUACGGCUUCCUAUUUACGCCCUUUCCGGCUUUGUCCAUUUGCACUGAUACUCGCGUAGGGAAUGCCAUCGGAAGGGGUGCUGCAGCAGAGGCGAAGCGGGCCAUGCUGGUGUCAGCUAUACUCUCCAUCCCUUUUGCCGCAGCUGUUUCCAUGGUCUUGGUCAUUCCGCAGUGCAGGCAGCUGGUUGAUGUUGUCAUGCACGUAGACACCUUGGAUCCACGAGUGAAGACCGGCUUGAACACCAUCUACCUCAUCCUGGUCAGUGGAUUCUACUACAUUGAUGGCUUCCAGACUGCGUUGUCAGGUGCCAUCCGUGGCACAGGGCAGCAGCAAAAGGGCGCUCGCAUAUGCGUGCUUGCAUACUGGAUUGCAGGCAUUCCUGCCGCGAUCCUCUUGGGCUUCACCGGUGGCUUGAAGAGUACAGGCUUGUGGCUGGGCAUGUUGGUAGGCCCUACUGUGCAGAUGUUUCUGUACGGCCGACUGCUGCUUAAAAUGGAUUGGGAAGGCAUUGCCGCCGCCUGCGAAGAACGGCUGCAAACCCAGGAAGAUGAUUGCGUGAUGGAAGCAUAA